GUGCUUUCAACCAGUUCUCUUGACAUUUUAACAUUUUGUGCAGCUGUUUGUGUUAUUUGUUGUGCGUAAUAAGUAAACAAAUAAAACUACGGAAAUUUCCUUUUCCUUUGCAUUAUUGUGUUUUUAGAAAUUGUGACAUUCUUUUAAAACUUUAGAUAAUAACAUCUGUCACUUUAAAAGACAUCACUGCAACCAAAAUCCUGUGUGAUGGGAUCCAAAAAGAAAGAUCUAGAAAUAAUAUACAGCUUGCAGUGGAAGAACAAGUCCUCUACAAAUGGAGGUGACAAAGCAAAUAUUAUCGGAAUGUACGACAUCCCUACAACAACCCUCAACUGGGAAACAUUCAAGUCUUAUUUGCUAAAAAAUUCAGGAACAGUGGGAGAAGAUGUGAAAGUAUCAUAUAUUACUAGCAGUAACAGGGAAUUCCCAAUUGAAUCCCAAACGGAUUUUCAGAUUGCUCUAUAUGCUUUCAGACGUAAAGCUAGAAUGGGGGAUAUUGUUACACUAAAGUUGGACAGAAUUUCUGACCAACAGAAUUACAGAAAUACACGUCAUUCUAAUGAUGUUGAAACUCAGUUUGACAAUGAGGCUGUAUCCAUUGUUUCCUCAUGCUGCAAUUCAGAAACUCCCCCAGAGUGGUUCCUGACUUAUAUGAAUAAGUUCAAGAAAAAUCUAACUGACGAAAUAACGGCAUCGGUUGCAAGUAUUGUUUCUAACAUCAAGCCACAUACAGUAAGUCAACCUUCUUGUUACCAUUCGAGAAAAUCCAAGGCUGAGAAUUCAAAGAGAAGAAAACUACCUUUACUAAUAGGCGAAGGAUCCCACGAGAGCACAAAGGACUUGCUCAAAUCCUUAAAACUUGAAGGUAAACUCGAGCACAAACUCGAAAAACUGGAAAGUAAGACAAAGAAAUUGAAAGAGAAGAAAUUGGCUCUCUUUUCAAAAUCAAGUGACAGCGAUGGAUGUACAUCAAGUGUUAAACGCCGUUCUUCAGUACCAUGCGAGCCUGAAGAUGACGGUUUUCACAUGGAUGCCAUGCCAAUUAAUGUACAGCAAAUUAUUCCACAUUUGUUGGGAGGAGAGAUUUAUUUACAUCAAUGGAAAGUUCUGAACAGUGGAAAAUCUGCAUGGACUAAUGAAACUCAUUUAGUGUACACUUGGGGUGCCAAGGCUCUAAAAGCGUUAGAAACAAUAAUUUCUGUCCCACAUUUGAAGGCUGGCGAAACAGGAACUAUUGCUGUCCGUUUACAAGUACCAAAUAAUCCUGGUCAAUAUGAAUGCUACUUCAAUUUCCAUCAUCGAGGUCGCCGAUUCGGCCAUUGGUUGGGCUGCCAAAUAAUUGUGGAUCCAUUUGAUUUAAAAGGCAACAAAUCAGUUUUGGAUACUGCAUAUCUUAACCCUGUUACUUGCUACGAGAACAUUUGGCAAGGUACAUCAGUAGCGUCCAAUGCAUUCAGUUCGUCUUUCAACCAAUCUAAUCAGACUCAAGAUGAUAAAACCAGUGAGCUGCUACCAGAAAACAAACCCGAUUUGUUUGACUUUUCUGAAUCAUCAAACAUAUAUGGGGAUAAGAUUGUUCGAGAUAUAACUUCAAGAGUAGAGGAUAUCAAAUUGCAGGACCCCACCGAUACAAAUUGUAGCAGUGAUUCCGAUAAUCAGAGCAUUAUCUCGUUACCCGAGAGCAACGAUUCCAAAGGGUUACCAUCUGAAUAUGUCGUUGUUCCCAUCCCAGAUUGUUUCAAGGUCGAUGAUUCUCCAAUCGCUAAUAAGACGGAAGCAACUACCAAAGUUGAACAACAAAAAGCUCCAGAAGAAAAUGCUGCUGCAAUGCCUAAGACAGAAACAUCUGUGGAAAAUUUCGAUGAUAACAACAAUGAGGACACAAAUGGACAAAAAGAUACUUCAAAAAAUGAUGAGACAGCUUCGAAUACGAGCCAUAAAUCAGAUAUUGUUAUGGUCUCUAUACCAGAAACCAAUCAAGAUAGCGAAGAAUAUGCAUGUGUCAUUGUUGACGGACAAAAAGUGAUGAUCCCGAAGAAAAUAAUCAAAUCAGAGUACUUACAUUCGAAUCCCACCGAAAAGACAGAUACACUGAUACAAGAAAAUCUUGCAAGCUCUAACGUGUCUGUCAAGGAAAAUACACCCGAAACACAAACUAUCAAAGUUGACAACGAUCUAGUGAUCGACGGCGCAGAAGACGCAAGAAACAAUUUUGAAGAAGCUGAGUUUAAUUCCCACUGCUCUGCAGCUGGCUCCUGUUUCUCUGAAUCAACAGCUGAAAGAAACAACAGGUUGUUCGUAUUUCCUCCGGCUUGUCCCGGAUACGAAGUCAUCCGCGGUGAAGAUUUUGUUAACAUCGACGACGAAGAGAACUAUACAUGGGCCAAAUCUGAUACUCACUAUGCCUAUAGUGUUCAUGGUAUGAAAGAACCAUUAAUUCCCGAAAUAGUUCCAGCUACAGAAGCGAUUAAUAUACCACCAUCAUCGUCUGGAAAUCCAUUUGUUGCUCCAACUAUCUCUCAUGUUCCGAAUUUUCAACAGACUCCUCCCGAAGAAAGGAAAUGUCCAUCAGAAGAGAACAUUCGCGCUACAUUUGAAGCUACAGCCGAACCUCCUGAGUUAGGCACAGAAGUUCCACCACCAGAAGUUAAUAGAGAUGGUACCCCAGAGAGGCCACCAAGUGAAGAUGCAAGUGCUCCUCCACAAUCACCACAUGUAGUACACAUUUUACCAGAGGGAUUAGUUAACGGAGCAGUUAACGUGGCAAGAUCUGUGAUAAAUAGAAUUGUACCACAAGGGUCUCCGGGCCGUUGGGUGAAUGGACAUUGGGUCAGUACUAACCCAGAUUCACCUCGCGAAGCCAAUUUACAAGCUUUGGCAGAAAUGGGAUUUUGGAACAGAGAUCUAAACGCCUCCUUAUUGGCUAGAUACAACGAUGACUUGUCAAGGGUUGUUGCAGAGCUUGUGCAAUAAACACAAUUACCUAUUUUAUUACUGUAUUAAUGCACUUACAUGUUUAUUCCUUAAAUAAUACGGAUUUAAUAGUAAUAGGGCAUAUAGAGGUACGCAUUCAUCUAAUUACAAAGUAAACGUAUGUAAAUUACAAGUUUAAAUUAUAUUUUAUUUAAAACUAGAGGGCGUCUGCAUUUUGCAUACUAUAAUAUACAUAGAAGCGAUCGAAUUGAGCAUAUAACACACAUAAUGAAUUAUUUAUUAAACUCGACUUACAUUUAAUAUCUCUUAUACAAAUGGACGCUAUUAUGAGGGUAUUUUUAUUAACAAAGUAUAUGAAUAUAAAAUAAACUCUUUACCCUCUGUACACAAUGAGUUUUAAUAAAUGUAUAUUUUCGAUUUCUAAAUGGUUUCUCCAAAGUUUCAAAAUUUAAUUUACUUUUUUGCUCAUUUAGUAAAAUUGUAAAAUUAUUGUUAAGUAUUUUCUCAUGUAAAUCGUUAGCAUGAAUGAAGUUGGUUUUUCCGUUGAAUAAAACUCAUUGUUUAGUUAUACGAUUUUUAAAACUUUACGUUUAUAUCCCCGGCAUUUCCAUAACUAUCAAUUUGUUUUAUGCUUAGUUCAUUAUUGUAAUUUUCUACUGACAUGGGAAUAUGUAUGUCAUUCUGGUUUUAUGGUAUUAUAUACGUUUACUUCAGUAAUUAUAAAUUCUGAUGAUUUUAUAAAUGUCCAUUUUAUAAUAAACGGACAAGUUCUACUGUAACAAUAGAAUGAUCACUUAUUUUUUUAACAGAAGUGUGAGAAAUAUUAGUAAUUACUCUACGAUUGCAUUUCAUUCAGAAUAAUUUUUUUUUCGAUAAACUACAUACAACGAAAGGGUUGCAGAACAUGUUAUCAUCAUAGGUAUGUAUUUCUUCUUCUUUUUUCAUAGAAUCCGCCUGUAUUUUAUAUCAAUUUUUCGACCUCUUCAGCCAAAAAGUAAAAGACAAUUUAGAAAUCGAGUAACCCGUGAAGAAUUUCUUUUGUCCCAGUAGAGCUAUAUAGAACUAUUAGAUCUGUUAUUUUAGUUAGUACUUUAGAAUUAAAAAAGUAAAUCAUUACAAUUUGACAUAAUCGGAGUGAUGGUGGAAGUGUGAUAAGAAAGAGCCAAACAUUGAGUCUAUUCGAACACUUGAAUGCUGAUAUAAAAUUAUAAACAAAAUUUUAGGAUUAUUUGUAUUGUUAGAAAUUUUGCUCUUCAGGAAAAUGUAAUUGGAAAACAUUCCAUUUUAUUUUCUAUUUAAAAUCAGUUCUUAAGUGAGUGUCUUAUUUGAAAGGAAUUUCGUGGUAGUUUGUGAAAUUUUUUAUACGCCAAAUAAGUUUUUGAGGUUUUUUUUUAGUUUUUUUUAUUCACAUUUUCAAUUUUGAUUUAUUUAAUUUUCCAUUUGUAUUUUUGCUUGUGUGUUAUCCAUUCGAAUUUCAAUAUAUAUAGUGUCUCUCUCCGUUUCAACCCUUUCUAAGGUUUUAGCUUCAAUUCAAUAUAGUUUUGAUAUAAUUUGUCAGUGUUCGAAUAUUAUGAAGACACAGUAAGUGGUUCUGCGUUUGUGUGUUUGUAUUUUGUUCUGAGUUUAAUAACAUUUUGAUUUCAGUUUGUUUAUUUACUAAAGAUGUUUUAGAGAUACCGAAAGGAUUUUAAAGGUAUAUUUGUCUUAUUACACCAACUUUGACUAGGGCAGACUGAAAGUAACUGCUUCUUACUCUACAGCGUUAAAAACGUAGAUUUUAGUAAUGUAAUCUGGUUACGGUUUAGUUUUAUUCUAAUAUAUAGGUCUCUGAAUAUUGCACUAUAUUUUUUGUGAUAUUGUAGAUUAUGUGGUAAUAAACGUUUCUGAAAAUCU